AUGCCAUCUACAUACACAGUCACAGCUUAAGCAUCCCAGUCAAUCAGUAGAUCAAUAUCAUACCAAGUAUCGUUUAAGGCCACAUCUUGCCAAGGCUGUUUAUUGAAGAAAAAUGUGACACUAGUAUUUAUAGAGGUCAAUCUCAUAUCGCAUGACUCAAUGUCUGGGUUUGAUGUCUUCAUCUGCACUGAUAUAUGCUUAGGCUAGCUAUCGCCAAAGAAAUAAAAAAUGCCAUCAUCAUAUGAUCCUUAGGCUGAGUCUGAUUUGUUUAGUUCAAGAUACCCCUACUAAGUGGUAUUAAAAGCCCCUUGCCCGUUUAGAUAAUCUAAUCAUUCAUAAAUUCAUGGAUAUUUUGAUUUACCAUUAAGAACAGUUGUAGAAUUCACUUAAAGGCAGACUAAUGCAAAUGAAACGAGUGCUAGCAGUAAAAAGAGAUCAAGAUAAGAUGCUGAAAUCGGAGAUGAAACUGUCAGAGAAUUUAGUUUUAACUCAAAACAGAGAAAAACUAAUAGUAUAUAUAAUAGUGAUAGAGAUUUAUAAGACUUAAAGAUAGCAAGUAAUCCAAAUACAAAUUAAGAGAAUCUCGAUCCUAAUCUAGAGUUAAUUUAAGUGUUUGCUAAAACUCCUUAAAAGUUUACCUAAUAAAAAUUUCCAGGAUCUACAAAUAGUUAUGAUUAAACUCAACGAAAAGGAGAUAUUCCUAACCUAUAAUAAAGCUAAUCCAAUUUUAUAAAUUUUCAAGGCAUUAUUUUCGAUUAAAACUCGACAGAAUUCCAUUAGAUUCAAAGUAAAUUUACUGUUUAGCCCAGUCCAUUUUUCAAGGUACAUCUUACACCAAGAUAUAUUGAGAGUAAUACUAGAAAGAAAUAGGAAUUCAGUGUUGAUCAUGAAGUUUAAAUAGACGUAAUGACAGAGAUGAGAUAAAAUUAAGCCUAAGAUUUUUCAGUAAUUAACCUUAUUUCUUAUGAAAAUGAAGAAGAAGAAAAAUAAUUAGUAAGUCAAAAUGAGGUGAGUUAACAAGAGAGCAGUGAGCCACCCAUUACAAUAUUGAAGAGAGCUUCGUAAAUGGUAUCUGAGCAAUAAAUUACAAAAUCUUAAAAGCCCAGAGAUAGGUAUCAAUCCCAAUUUUCAGACUUCUAGAGCCAGAGUUAGUAAGAGAGGGAUUCUGUUUUUGCAGACUCAACAUUUGAUGUGCCAAUGCUAAAGACUAUCAUGGCUAAUAAAGAUUAAAUAGAUGAAGAUAGAUUACAGUAGACAGAUUUUAAAUUGGUAAAUUAGUUCCAGCAGCUUUUUAUCAAGAAUUAAAAAGUUUCUUAGUCCUAACAAAACUCCUCUUAAAAAGGAAAAAAUAACUUACUUAAUGACUAAAAUAAUAAUGAGAUAGCCCCGACAGAACAGCAAUACCUUUAACCGAAUCAAAAUAAUGAAAAUACAAGAAAACUUUCAAAUAUCUUAUCGAAUACAUUUGGAACUCCUCCAGUAGACGAAUAAAAUAAGAGUUGUAUUAUUGAGCCACCUCAUUAAUAGAUGAUAGAGCCAAUUACAGCAAAUUGA